AUGCCGAUGCUAGAGUUAUUGAGGAGGUGGGCAGAGCCCCAGGGAUAUGGAAUGGGAGGUGCAAACCAGUCUGGAGGUCAUUCUGGUGAAGGAGAUGAGAGUACCACUGCAGCCGACAAUUUGGUUACGUCUACUCGCACCAAAGGUGGUCAGUCCAACACGAACAUGGUUGCAGCUUCAGCAGCGACAUCAACUUCGGGGGCACUACUCGGUGGAAACGAGACAGCGGCAGUGUCUACAUCAACAACAACAACCCCUACGGCUACGAGCACUGUCACUUCCACUACCGCCACUGCAGCGGCUAGCCACUCAGGCGGAGAGUCAACAACCACAAAACUAGCCAUCGCCCUUCCUAUAGCUAUUGUCGGUGCUUUAGCAAUCAUAGCUAUAGGAUUUUUCCUCAUCCGCCGUCGACGUCAGCAACGUGCAGUUCCUUCAUCACCAACCUACGACACAGCCGAUGGCAAAGUCAUCUCUUUGACCCAGAUCAUGGCUGCUCCCCGCGAACCCGCUCCAGCAGGCCUGCCUCGUUUCCCGAUGUUAGAUGUUCCAGAAAGCAGAGAUACUGAGGUCAGCCCUGUCUCAGCGGGUCAGAUGUCCGCGCAUGAUGAGUCUCAUACGCCGAUGGGCUUUGGGAUGGCAAUUUCGAGGGAUCAGAGGCCCAAUGCGACGGAGCAAGAUCUUCGUGGCAUUAGUAGGUCUGCAUCGCCGGCGAAUGCGGUGGGGUCACAGAUACAGUCUUUGGAGAAUCAUGGUGCUGCGGAUGAUGCGGUUUCGGUUGUUUCCAAUGAGCAGAGAACAAAUGCCCAUAAUUAUGAUGAUAUGUCUUCUGUGUCGUCUUUCGAUGGCGGUAGCCCUCGGGCUAAUGACCAUCAACAUCCUUUCCGAUGA